AUGCCUGUCGUUGCGGGUCCUCCUCAAGCGCAUGGUCCCUCGACCCUCGAGAAGAUGAAGAUGGGUGCUAUGAUGGGGUCGACCGUUGGUGGUAUCAUGGGCUUUAUCAUCGGAACCGUCACCAUCUUCCAGUACGGUGCUGGACCUAACGGAAUUAUGCGAACUCUGGGUAAAUACAUGGUUGGAUCUGGAGCCACUUUUGGUCUCUUCAUGUCCAUUGGCAGUGUCAUCCGUACCGAAGGACCUCACAACGAUGCCUGGCUCCGCGCUCGGGGACCCCCGAUGAUGCUCCCCCGCCAGACCCCCCUGCGACGCGACUAA